UAUAACCAAUAAUAAUUAAUCUAAUUUUCACGCGUUUGUUAGAUUACUCCGUUAGCAAAAUGUAAACAUUUGAUGACUCGUAUUUGAAUUAGAUAACUUGAUUUGACUGUUAAACCCUCUAUGGAAUCAGUAACUGCAGUGAUGUCUGUGAACCUGACUCCAGAACAGCAGCGGAGGAUCGAAAAUAACAGACAGCGAGCUCUGGCUAGAAGAGCCGAGAGACAGGCUCUGCUGAUACCCGGAUCUGCCCAAAGCAAGCACACACAGCCGGGUACCACAGGAGGCCCUGCAAAGAGCAGCCAGCUGUUUGCACCUGGGCAUCUGGUACAUACAGGGGCCCCUGAUCAAGGUGCAACACAGACUCAGCUCAUAGACACCAAAGGAUCCUGUACAAAGACAGCGGCUCCGACGUCCAACGUUGCUUCUGCAACUCAUAGCUUUUAUGGACAGUCGAGCAAACCGACCACAGGAGAAAAGCGACCAUCUAAACUCCCUGAAGCAGGAGGAAGUGUCCCUGCAAAGAAGCCAGCGGUGUCUGUGAAAGGGAAAUGCGUGUCACACUCAGAAAAUCGUUUCCGAGUGGAGGUCGGCUACUAUGCGGACCUCAUCACUGUAUUCAAAAGCAUUCCCUCUAAGAACUAUGAUCCUGCUACAAGGAUGUGGAACUUCAGCCUUGAGGACUACCUGAUGCUGAUGGAGCAGGCAGCGAGUUUACCCUCCGUCUCUCUCAAACCGCUGGAUGGGAUGGAAGGGCUGAAUUUUUCAGCGUCCACCAGUCGACCCAAAGAUGCAGCAGCUCUGGCAGCUCUGAUGAGGUUCUGUCAGGGUUGGCAGAAACCAGGUGCCAUGGUAAAGGGGAAGUGCGUUUUAGUGUCUCGCUGUCGGGUGGAGGUGGAUAUUGGAUACCAGGCCGAUGUUAUUGCAACCUUCAAGAAAAUGCCAUCCAAAAAUUAUGACAUGAAGACCAGAAAGUGGAAUUUCCAUCUUGAGGACUACGGGAAGCUCAUGGUGGAACUGAGUGAGCUGCCUACGGUGGAGACCGAGCCUUUACCUCCCGCUGUGCUGCAGUCCUUCUCCUCUCAGUUUGAGAAGAGUGAGUCCAGAGCUCCAGUCCCUCCUGAGGCCGAUCUCUCACACGUGGAUCCGUAUGUCACACGCAGCCUCAUGCCCUUCCAGAGAGACGGGGUCAAUUUUGCAGUGUCCAGAGAGGGCCGUUUGCUCCUGGCUGAUGAUAUGGGUCUGGGAAAGACGGUCCAGGCCAUCUGCAUCGCUGCCUACUACAGGAGUGAGUGGCCUCUGCUGGUGGUCGCUCCGUCCUCAGUGCGCUUCACAUGGGCAGAGGCUUUCCGCCGAUGGCUGCCAUCUGUCAGAGCCGACAGCAUUAAUGUGGUGGUUACAGGCAAGGACAACCUUUGCUCCGGCCUCAUCAACAUCAUCAGCUAUGACCUGCUCAACAGGAUGGACAAACAGCAGCCAUCCAGCCCUUUCAGUGUCAUCAUUAUGGACGAGUCUCACUUCCUGAAGAACAUGAAAACAGCCCGCUGUCGGGCGGCUCUUCCUCUGCUGAAGACGGCUAAGAGAGUGAUCCUGCUGUCAGGAACGCCUGCCAUGUCCAGACCUGCUGAGCUCUACACUCAGAUCCUGGCUGUGAGGCCUUCCCUGUUUCCACGCCUCCAUGACUUCGGCACACGCUACUGUGAUGCCAAACAGCUACCGUGGGGCUGGGAUUACUCCGGCUCGUCUCAUCUGAGUGAACUGAAGCUGCUGCUGGAGGAGUCUCUGAUGCUCCGCCGCCUCAAAUCAGAGGUGCUCUCGCAGCUUCCCGCCAAACAGCGUAAGGUGGUUACCGUGACGACAGACGGCAUCAACUCCCGCACCAAAGCUGCUCUCAGUGCUGCUGCCAAAGAGCUCGCCAGAGGAUACCACAACAAGUCACAAGAGAAGGAAGCUCUCCUGGUUUUCUUCAACCACACAGCAGAGGCCAAGAUCAGAGCCAUCGUGGAGUACAUCUCAGACAUGCUGGAGUGCGGACGAGAGAAGUUUCUGGUGUUUGCUCAUCACAAGCUGGUGCUGGACAGUAUAACCAAAGAGCUCGCUGAGAAGGGAAUCAGUUACAUUCGUAUCGACGGCUCGACGGCGUCCGCGGAGCGUCAGCAGCUGUGUGACAGAUUCCAGUCAUCACAGAAGAGCUGCGUGGCUGUUCUGUCCGUCACCGCCGCUAACAUGGGGCUCACGCUGCACUCGGCCGACCUCGUGGUGUUCGCCGAGCUCUUCUGGAACCCCGGAGUGAGACACAGACGCAGACAUGUUCAGUCCAGACAUUUACAGGCUUCCCACACGCGUGAAAACCUGGAGACAUGAGGGAAAACUCUGACCUCCAGACCUGACGCAGU